AUGAGGGUGCAACUACUGCAGACCAGGGCAAAGCCGUGCCUGUCGGGAUCGGUACCAACGCUUCGUGUGAGGCGUCACUGUGCUGCCAAUUCAAUCAGCAGGGUCCGAUUGCAGCCUUCCAUCAGGUGUGUUGCCACGACUCCAGCAGCCGUCCUGGACGAACCGAAGGAGCCCCCCGUGGCCAGCUGGAUCGGCAUCUCCUUCCUGCUCAAUGGCUCAGACUUCACCCGGAAGGCAGUGCAAAAGCACGGCCACGUGUGGAAGGCGCACAUUCUUGGAGCGACCAUCUACGGCCUGGCGGGCGACGCUGGGCUCAAGGCGUUUUAUGACGAGAAGAACAUCAAGCGCUUCCCUGGCAUGUCCGCCAACCUGGAGCAGGCCGCAUGGGACGACCAGUAUAACCCGCACUACGCAGUUCCGCCCCUGGACUCCGAGCAGGGCUGGCAGCAACGCAAGAGUCAGUUCAUGGCCGGCAUCGAUUCGCGCGCGGCUGUGGAGCAAUAUCUGCAGGCGCUCGAUCAGGGGAUUAUCGACACCAUCAAGGGGCUUGGCGCCGACGGCAAGGAGUUUGCUCUGUGGGACACCAUCAACAGCCUGGUGCUAGGAGGUCUCUCCAAGGCGUUCUUCGGCUUUGGACUGGCGGACUAUUGCGCGGGAGAGCAGGCUAUGAUCGGCAGCAUCCAGACUGGCUACACUGUGUUUGACGCCAAGGUCAAGGCUUCGCAGCCGCAGAAAGACGCCUUUACCACCAACGUUCGGUACCUGAGAGAGGCUCUGGCAGAGUACCGGGCGCACCCCAAGAGGUUCCCUGGAGCGGGGCUGGGAAAAUAUCUGGAGCUUGCCGAGAAGCUGCACAUGCCUGACGAGGAAAUCCUGCUGGACAUGCACCAGAUGAUCUGCGUUGGGGCGUACGGCGGCGUCACCUCUUCGGCUGGCUGCAUGGCGUUUUCACUGGCGACUAACCCGGAAGUGCGCAAGAAAGCGAAGGCCGAGAUUGCGGCCAAUCUCGGAAGCGGCACCCCCACAUUUGCCGACAUGAAGGCGCUCCCUUACACCUAUGCAGUCCUCAAGGAAGCCCUGCGGAGGUGGCCAAUAGUGCACAUUGUAAGGGGCCAGUCCAUCCAAGACAUCGUGGUGGAGGGCAAGCGUGUGCCCAAGGACUCGACUGUCAUAGCCGCACUCCAUGGUACCAUGCAUGACCCGACAGUCUACAAGGAGCCCGAAAGAUUCGACCCUGAGCGCUUCCUGCCGCCUCGUAACGAGGGAGCCGACGAAGUGUGGACUGGGUACCAGGUGGUGUUUGGCGCGGGUGAGUCCGGCGCCCAGCAUGCAUGCGCGGGCAGGAACACUGCACUGCUCACCCUCUUCGUGCUCCUGAUCCGUCUUCUGCAGAAUUGGGAUUGGGAGCUGGUUAAGUCUUCGGAGUACCUGGUCACAAACCACUUCAGCCCCAACCCCAGCAACAACCUCAAGAUGCGCAAAUCAAACUAA